AUGGCAGGGUUGGAUUUUGAAGCUGAAUAUGUUGAUAGCUUUGAUGUUCUCAAAGUUCUUGCAGCUCAUGGUGUUGAAUUUCUCUUAUCUUCUCAAGGAAAGGUACCUUUGUUAGAUUGCAAUGGAAAAAUCAUCUGUCUAUUUUUCUCUGCCAACUGGUGUAUGCCUUGCAAACUUUUCAUUCCUCAUCUUGUUGAUCUUUAUGAGACACUGAAGAAGAGAGGGGUGAAUAUAGAGAUUAUCUUCGUCUCUUUUGAUCGCGACGAGGAAGGAUUUAAUGAACACGUUAAGAGUAUGCCGUGGCUAGCCGUCCCGUUUGAUGUGGAUUUGCAUAGGAAGCUUAUUGAUAGAUAUCGGGUUGAUCGAAUCCCGUCGUUCAUUCCGUUAUGUACUGAUGCCUUAACUGUUGAUGAAAAAGUGAUUGAGUGGAUUGAGGAUUAUGGUGCUGAUGCAUUUCCUUUCACAAAGAAGAGACAUGAGGAAUUGAAGGUUAUAGAUAGAAGAAAACGCGAAGAAGUGAAUUUGCAAGAAUUGUUGACACGCGAAGAACGCGACUUUCUUAUUGCUGGAGAUGAUAGAAAGGUGGUUGUAUCUGAACUAGCCGGGAAAACGGUAGGCCUAUUUUUUGGCGCGUAUUGGUCUCCUCCUUGCCGUGCCUUCACAGUUCAACUCACCGAUGUAUACAAUACUCUCAAUGAAAUAAAAGGUUGCUGUUUCGAGAUUGUUUUCAUUUCAACAGAUAAGGACCUGAAAGAAUUCAAUGUUAACAGAACUAGCAUGCCUUGGCUUGCUAUCCCAUACGAAGACAGAACAAGGCACGACCUUUGUAGAAUCUUCGACAUAAAGAAAAUUCCAGCUUUGGUAAUCAUUGGACCAGAUGGUAAAGUCGUUAGUUUGAACGGUAAGUUUAUGGUCUCCUCGUACGGCGCAGAAGCUUUCCCGUUUACCGAAUCGAGGGUUAAAGAUUUAGAGUCAGCUCUCAGAAAGGAAGGAGAGGCUUUGCCUCAACAGGUUCAGGAUGUCAAGCAUGAACAUGUACUCAAACUGGAAAUGGCGAAAGCGUAUGUAUGCGAUUCUUGUAAGAAACAAGGCAAGUUCUGGUCAUUCUUUUGUGAUGUUUGUGACUAUGAUCUUCAUCCAAGUUGUCUUGAGAAGGUCAACAAAGACUAA